UCCUCUAGAUCUCUCUCUCUCGCCAGCUUUACCUUGAAUCAUAAUAUCUCCCGGGCUAGCUCAACCGAGUCUGCCAUCUCAUUAUAAUGAAGACCACUUCCCAUUUAAAAUAUCAUGAAGUAGUACUCGAUCACAGGUGAGUUGAUGCUAGUAUAUUGUGCGCUAGCUCGUAUAUCAUGAAACCAUUUGAAAUUUCAUUUAGCUUUGGUCUGUUAGCUACCUCUGAUCCAGAUCAUGCUGAUACUGAGCCCCUCAAUCUUUUUCCAAGCGUGCGCCACUAUACUGAUCUUCAUACCCCACAAGUGAUGACACUAGAUCACGAAAAGUACCCGAGAGCAUGCAGUACUAAAGGUAAAGAGGAUGUCACCGUACUGGCCCUAAACAUUGGCCUUCCUAAUUGUUCAAGUGGCUCAAUUAAUCCAGAUAUAGCAGCUAAUAAUUAUUUGAUACCCACUCCCGAAGAAAUACACACUGGCUUCACUCAUUUCUCAUGCCACGUCUGCUUCAAAACCUUCAACCGCUACAACAAUCUUCAGAUGCAUAUGUGGGCGCACGGUUCACAAUAUCGAAGAGGCCCGGAGUCGCUUAAGGGAACCCAACCCAGACCGAUAUUAGGCAUUCCAUGCUAUUGUUGCGCCGAAGGGUGCAAGAACAGCAUAAGGCACCCGAGCGGAAAGCCUCUAAAAGAUUUCCGAACUUUGCAAAACCAUUACAAGAGGAAGCACGGGACGAAGCCCUUCGCGUGUCGCAAGUGCGGGAAGCACUUGGCAGUCAAAGGUGACUGGCGAACGCACGAGAAAAAUUGUGGCAAGCGCUGGCUUUGCAAUUGCGGUUCUGACUUCAAGCACAAGAGAUCGCUCAAAGACCACGUUAAAGCAUUUGGUUCUGGUCACAGCCCAUUUGCACGGCCUGUACCUGGAAGCUGUUGAGAUCCAAACUCGCGUCAACAAAGGUAUCGAUGGUACGCUUAUUGCACCAUUUUUGCUCGUGAGAGGUCACGCGUGCGAGCAUAUAUAUCAUAGGCCGAAUUGAAGGAUAGCACAUGCUGCGCAUCUAUGACUCCCAGGAAAGGAAAUAAAUAUAGGCCCCACAUAGUGAGAAUCAUGAGAUGAUCAUUUUGAGUGGAAUCUUAAUGAUUUUAGUUUUCUCUGAUUUGAAAACUCAACUCGUGAAAGAGGGAACAGAGGGUCAGUCAGGUCCAAUCUUGAUCAAUUCGAUGAUUUUUUACG